AUGCUCACUUUUGCCCCGACGUCAUAUCGGGUGAAAUCAAACACUGGUCACGAAAUCUUCGAUCUCACACCGGCCGCAUUUUUCCUCAACUCCCAGUUCGUUGACUUGUAUGGAAACCCACAGAACAGAAACACGAUUGUCCACGUUGAUGUAAAAGAAGGAUUGUUGCGCAUUGUUGUUCGCUGGAGUCAGAUGACUGCUGCGAACGCAUCCGCCAACACAAGAGAACUCACUCCAGCUCAGAUUCAAUUUUUCGCUUACAUCGAGAAUGCGGAACUCUACGAGCUGUUUGGCGUAGCUCUAAGAAUCAGAAACCAGAGUCUGAUCGUUGCAGUCCAGAGAGAAAAGGAGCGCCGCCGCAGAGAGAUCGAGCCAUUAUUCUAUGGACCACUCGCUCAUUAUAUUCGUAAUUGA